CUCCUCCAAACCAGAAAAGAGAAGAAUGAGAAGCGGCAGAAACAAGAACACCGGGCAAUGUAGAUUGCUCAGUCCAUACACCAUGCAAGACACACUCCCUUUCAUCUCCAAAAACAACCCUUUCCCUCCAUUGCUUUACUCCUACCACCUCAAACACUAUGAUUUCCCCUCGCUUUCUCGCCAUAGAAACCUCCAUUUCCCCACCCUUUCCUCCAAAACCUCUCUUCCCCAAAACCCCAACCUCCAAAUCCCUUCCAUUUCCACUAUCCCGCCGCCGCCACAACCAAACUCCCGCUCCGACUUCCAAGAGAAAAUGCUUUACCUCGACUCCAUCGGCCUUGAUUUCUUCUCUCUAAUCCAGCACCACCCUCCCAUCAUAUCUUCUUCUCUCCAUCAUCUCAAAUUCACCGUCGAUUUCCUCGCCUCAAUGAACUUCACCACGCUCGAGCUUCGCCGAAUCCUCUCCAUGUGCCCCCAUAUCCUAACCGUCGAACCGACUUCCCUCCUCCCUGUCUUCACCUUCCUUCUCCGCGAAGCCCGCGUCAACGGCUCCGAUUUAAAGAGGGUUAUCAACAGACGGCCCAGAUUACUGGCAUGCAACGUCGAGACCCAGCUGCGUCCCACCCUGUAUUUCCUCCAAAGCAUCGGAAUCUCCGAGGGGCGACUCUUCAGCCUUUCCCAUCUCGGUCCAUCCAUGGUAGUAGGAAUCCCUCCCAAUGGCCACCUAAAUGCACAGCUUUAAGGGUAGAGAUGGCAC